UGCGCUCGGGGGGCGCAGGCAAGUAUUGUCGGCUUGGAGAGGAACAUGGCAGGGGAGAGGACCUGUGGGUCGUUCUCUGCAGCCCCGGCUGCCCAGACUGCCGGAGAGAGACGGAGGGUUCGGGUCCGCUGGGAAUUGCUGGCUGUUGGGGAAACUUUCCUGCCUGGUCAGGCACGGCAUUGGGGUCUGUAUUUGGAACGUGGAUAGUCACUCGGAGUUUACCCAUGUUUACAGGACUGCGCAGCAGGCAAACGGAAGAGUGGGGGGAGGUGGGAAGCCAGGAAGCGCCCCACAGCGCCCCGAAAACUCCUGAGGGGAAGGCGCCCCUGCGCGCUCCACCGAAGGCUCGGCUUCGCAGCGACUUUUAUAGGAGCCUUAUUAGCAUAUUGCGAAUGUUCCGCCUCGGCCUCCUGUAAUUGGCCGUGGCAUCUCCCAUGGAAUGUCCUUAUCAGUCAGCUGCUGAACCAUUGGUUGCUGGGCCGGAUGAGGGCGGGCCUUGCGCAGUGACUGGCACGGGUCUCUGUUUCCGCUGCUUUCUUUUUUCUCUUUGGUAGAGGGGCGGGGAGGAGGGAGGAGGUCGAGUUGAUUUGAAUGUCUUCGGGUCUCUUGGCCUCCGCCGUCGCAUUGGCCAUUGGUGUAGCUAGGGCGGGCUGUGUUCUCUGGUCCUGCGUUGUGAUUGGUGCCUCGCCUGGCCUCCGCCCUCCGGCCCGGCGAUCCCCAUAGGCAGUGGUUCCAGGGGCGGGGCGCGCCGCCGGCUGAUCACCUCCCCAUUGGCGGGGAUCGGCUUGGCCCCGCCCCCACGGACGUGAUGCUGGUCACUUCAGUCGCGGAGCAAUGGCGGCGCCCGGGGGACAGGGCGAGGCCGGUAAUCCUUGCUGCCGGGGCUGCCGAGGGCGCAGUCGGGCCUCCAGCCCGGGCCCCGAGGACCCGCGGGUGCGGCUGCGUGGAGCGGGGGCAGCAAAUCCUGAAGGAACUGGAUGAGUAUUACGAGAAGUUCAAGCGGGAGACGGACGGCACCCAGAGGAGGAGAGUGCUGCACUGCAUUCAGAGGGCCCUGAUUCGGAGCCAGGAGCUGGGCGACGAGAAGAUCCAGAUCGUGAGUCAGAUGGUGGAGCUGGUGGAGAACCGGGCCAGGCAGGUGGACAGUCACGUGGAACUCUUUGAGGCACAUCAAGAGGUCAGUGACACCACUGGCCACAGCAAAGCUGGCCAGGAUAAGUCAAAAACUGAGACAGUCGCGCAGGCAGAAAAGCCUAACAGCAAGCGGUCCCGGCGACAGCGCAACAACGAGAAUCGGGAAAACGCAGCUAAUAAUCACGACCAUGAUGACAUCACCUCCGGAACGCCUAAGGAGAAGAAGGCGAAGGCCUCCAAGAAGAAGAAACGCUCCAAGGCCAAAGCCGAGAGGGAAGCAUCCCCUGCAGACCUUCCCAUUGACCCGAACGAGCCCACGUACUGUCUGUGCAAUCAGGUCUCCUAUGGAGAGAUGAUCGGCUGUGACAAUGACGAGUGCCCCAUCGAGUGGUUCCACUUCUCCUGCGUGGGGCUGAACCAUAAACCCAAGGGCAAGUGGUACUGCCCCAAAUGUCGAGGGGAGAACGAGAAGACCAUGGACAAGGCCCUGGAGAAGUCCAAAAAGGAGCGGGCCUACAACAGGUAGUGGCGGGCCUGGCUGGACCGAGGCGAGCAGGGCAAGCCGUGUAUUUAUUGCAUCGCCAUCUGGACGGGCGCAGGGACUGCACGUGUAGCCUUCUGAAGACUGUUGGAAGAGGAGCUGUUCCUCUCGUGGGAUGACCGGGGUUCUCUUUGCUUUUCCGUUGGUGCACAUGUGUAACGAGAGAGUGGUCUGUGGAUCAGCAUUUUAGAAACUGCAAAUAUAGGUUUGAAUUAAACACUCGAGUGGGUCUCUGG